AUUUCUCUCUUUUUUUUUUUUUUUUUCUCUUCCCCCGCCUUUAUUUUCCUCUUUUUAAUUCUCCCACCUCCCGCCACUAAAACCCCAAAAAAAUUCAAAAAAAAAAAAAACCCCAAAUGCAAAUCUUCUCUCACACACUUCUUCACUCUCUCUCCAUUUUCUCUAUCCUCUUUCCGCCAUUUUCAACACCUCGAAAACCUCUGUAAAAAUGAUGUACGGAUCUCCUGUUUUUUCCGGAAUUCGAUUCUUUCUUUCUGGAUUCAACUCUCAAAACUACCUCCAGGUUAAAUCGCAGCUUGUAAGUGAAGGAGGAGUUGUUCUUGAAGAGUACGGUACUGAUUGUACUCACGUUGUUGUCCACGACCUCGUAUAUGAUGAUCCUAUAUGUGUUACUGCGAGAAGGGACAAGAAGGUGCUUGUUACAGCUUUAUGGGUUGGUCAUAGUUUAGAUGCUGGAGCGCCAGUUGAUGCUGCCAAUAUCAUGUAUAGGCCACUGAAGGAGCUCACUGGAAUUCCGGGUGCUAACGAGCUUCUUAUCUGUUUGACUGGAUACCAAGGGGCGGAUAGGGAAGACAUCAUGAUGAUGGUGCGCUUAAUGGGAGCACAUUUUUCUAAACCACUGUUGGCGAACAAAGUGACUCAUCUUAUAUGCUAUAAGUUUGAAGGGGAAAAGUAUGAGCUGGCUAAGAAGAUGAAUUAUGCAAAACUCGUGAAUCAUCUAUGGUUAGAAGAUUGUCUGAAGGCUUGGAAAAUUCUUCCAGAGGAGUCCUAUAAUAUAAGUGGCUAUGAAUUGGAGAUGAUGGGAGCUGAGGCUAAAGAUAGUGAAGAUGAAACUGAGAAUUUUACUGGAAGAAACAUUAAUGGAAUCACUAAUCUGCCAAAUGAUAUGGGAGAAACCCAUAAUCAAUCGGUGGUGACAAGUAAAGUGUCAGUUCCUUCCACACAUCAAGGAUUCUCAAACAAUCUAAUUGUUAAUGAUGGAAAGUCGCUGCAGUCUGAUUUGUUGUUUGAGUCUGGAGAACGGGUUCAUAAAGGUCAGUAUCAGAUGGAUGCUAACUCUCAUAAUGCUGAUUUACAGAAUAUUGCAUUUCUUUCAUCUAAUCAGAUCGAAAAUGGCUAUCCAUCUACUUCUGGAAAGGCUGAGAUUUCAUGUGAUACUGACGCUGAGAAGUUCAAUAGCUUUAAAUCCUCAGGGAUGACUGAAAAGAAAAGUAGUUUUCAAUUGCAUAUCGGGGAGGGCUUUGGUGACACGAUUAAAGCAAGUCCUAAAAGACCACUUGAUUCUGAUACUGGAAACAGAAGUCCUUUGAACUCGAGAAAAACUCCGAGAUCUAGGACUCCCUUGCAAACUGCUGGAAAGUUUGGUAAGUCGGAUGAGAGGCCAGGAGAAAAGACAGCUAAAAAAAUAAUUGUUGAUGUGCCAACCUUCAACCUAGAAACAGAUUCGGAAGAAGCUGCUUUAGUGUCUCUUGAACUAUCAAGUUCCAAGAAAAUAACUGAAUCUGAUGCUGUCAAGCAUAGUACUUUGAAGUCAAAAAAAUACUUAAGAAGAUCUAGCCUCUCAACAUCAGCAGGAAAGUCGAGCGAUGCAGAUGGAAAACUGAAAAAGGGUUCAGCUGAGAAGGUUGUGGAUGUGUGCACCUCCAAUGUAGGACCAGACCAGGGAAAAGCUACUUCAGCAUGUGCGGCAUCAAGUGGAGAAGCUGGUAUAAUUGAUGGGGAAGUUCCAGGUGGUUUACUGCCACGAAAGAGGACUGCAGAUGGUUCAACUAUUUCUCACGCUACUCCCAAAUCUCAGAAGUUGGCUACUUCAGCUAGUGAAAAAGUUGACGCAGCAGAAGCUAGAACCCCAGUAGAUAGUGCUCUUGAAGAAAGAAAAAGUGAUGCUCUUAGUUCUGGCAACCAUAUAGGAGAUGAGUUUACCAGUCCGUCUGCUGGUAGGUCAUUUCCUAAUGUUUCAUCUGCCAAGUCCAAUGCAAAGAAUGUUGCUUCCUCUAGUUCAUUGGCUUUUGAGAUGCUGCAAGGCAGUAAGCCCCUAACCGCAGAUGUCCUAACCAGCCCUAUCCCUAACAGUGUUUCUACUUCACCGUGUGUUGGUAACAAAAAGGGGCAACCACAGAAUCUGCACCAAAAUGUUGCUGCUUCUCCUGGCACCAAUGACAUAGAGGCUGUAAAGUCUGGAAGUCCAAAGUUGAAAUCUGGUGAUCAAACUGGUAACUCCAUUGCAAAGCCAGCAAGGAAGAAAAUGGUGGCUCGGAAAACUUUGGGUUCUAGACCUAAGGUAAAUGCUCGAAAAAGUUCUGUCAGUGAAAAUCCCUUACAAGAUGAAACAGCCAUACAGUCAGUUGCUCAGCAAAAUAAAAAGGAGCUUACACCUUCACCUGAUACUGAUAAAGUUCUGGUGCCGCCUAUUACAGUAGAUGGGCCUGUUGGUUUCAGUUCUAAGCUUCACUUGGAGUUUGGUACUGAAAUUUUUGAUGGUGCUGAAGUUUCAGAUGAUUUAACCAAGGCUCCACCUAAACUAGACGUGCAUAGUAAGAAGCCUGUGAUAGCUGAACAGUCACAUAAAGUGGAGUCAAUAACAGGAGGGGCAUCGGGUGGGCUGCUUCAUCAAGCAGAUGGAGCUGAAGUUACUUCAGAUUCAGAUAAGACAAACGAGCAGGGAACUUUUGUGGUUGAAACUGUUGGUGUGAAGGGAAACUUGGUCCUACAGAAGAAAGGGAUUGCUGUUAAAGCUAAGAAAAAAAUUGCUGCAAAGGAAGCUGUAAAAAAUGCUGAUGAGAUUGAAGGUGGACAAGGCAGCAAUAGAGUGAAGAAACAAGUAGUUGGUGUUGCUGCAAAGAAAGGUCGUGGUACACUUUUGUUGGAAAAGUCAAAGCGGCCUGUUGAAGUAGGAAAAGAAAAUGAACUUGUUCGUAAUGACCGAGUUGAAUUGGGAAGUGAAAAUGAACUUGUUUGUAAUGAUCAACAUAUGAAUAAGGUUGUAAAACAUUCAGGGAAGUUAGCUUCGAAGAAAAGACGCGGAACUCUACUUUUAAACAAGUCAGAGGGUUCUGUUGAAGCAGAAACUGAAAAUGAGCAAGUUUUUGAUGGUGAUGGUCAGAAUAACGUGACAAGUUCCCUCGGGGAUCUGACUGCGACUUCCAACAUGGCACAGGAUGAUGAGGAAGCCAAAAACAAAAAUGACCCCUGUGUUCUUAAUGACCAAGGUACAAGUAAGGUGGUAAAAUGCCCUGGUAAGUUAACUGGGAAGAAAAGGCGUGGCACUCUAAUGUUAAAAAAGCCAGAUAGCCCGGAUGAAGCUGAAAAGGAAAUUGAGCCGGUAGUUGAUGGUAAACAAGACCAUGGGAAGCUGGCUGGUGUAUCUGGCAUCUCAGGGAGGUCCAAGGAAACCGAAAAAGAAAAUGAUAUCCCUAUUCUUGGUACUAAUCAAGGGAAAAUUAAGGGUGGCAAACAUGCUGGUAACUUAGCUGCGAAAAAGAGGCGUGGCACUCUAGUGUUAAGUAAGUCUGAGGCGCAGGUUGAUGAGGAAAAGAAAAUCAAGACGGUUUCUGAUAUUGAUGAAGAUAAGAGUAAAGGUGGAAUACUCACUGAGAAGCCGGCCAAGUCCAACCUGACUGCUAAUAGGAGUGAUGUAGCUAAUUCAAAUUCCUUAGACAUUCAAGAGGUGAAAAAACAACCAGCAUGCUUUUUACUUAGUGGGCAUAGAUUGCAGAGAAAGGAAUUCCAACAACUCAUUAAGCGUCUUAAAGGUAAAGUUUGCCGAGAUUCUCAUCAGUGGUCAUAUCAGGCUUCACAUUUCAUUGUUCCAGAUCCAAUUCGCAGAACAGAGAAGUUCUUUGCUGCUGCAGCAUCUGGGAGUUGGAUUUUAAAGACUGAUUACUUAACAGCGAGUAGUCAGGCUGGGAAGUUUUUGCCUGAGGAACCUUAUGAAUGGCAUAAGAAUGGCCUUAGUGAAGAUGGUGCUAUUAGUCUUGAGGCUCCAAGAAAGUGGCGCCUUCUGAGGGAGAGGACAGGUCAUGGUGCCUUCUAUGGCAUGCAAAUUGUUAUCUACGGAGAAUGCAUUGCUCCACCCUUGGAUACCUUAAAGCGCGUUGUGAAGGCUGGAGAUGGGACAAUCUUAGCAACUUCUCCACCUUACACCCGUUUUCUUGAAUCAAGGGUAGAUUUUGCGAUUGUUAGUCCUGGGAUGCCACGCGUUGAUAUAUGGAUUCAAGAAUUCCUCAGACACCAAAUUCCGUGUGUCUUGGCUGAUUACUUGGUGGAGUAUGUGUGCAAGCCCGGGUACCCUCUUGACAGACAUGUUCAAUACAACACCCACGAAUGGGCCACUAAGUCAUUCUCACAGCUCAUGAGCCUGUCAGAAGAGGUCAUAACUCAUGCUGCUCCAUCACCAGAUGACCAGGUUAGUGAUGAUCUAGCAUGUCAAGUUUGUGGCUCAACUGAUAGAGGGGAAGUAAUGUUAAUUUGUGGCAAUGAGACUGGUUCCAUUGGUUGUGGGACUGGAACUCACAUUGAUUGUUGCGAUCCUCCUCUCGAGGAUAUCCCAGAAGAAGACUGGUAUUGUCCCACGUGUACUAAAUCUGCCAAUAAACCGCCUGGGAGUAGCAAGAAUAAAAGAUCUUCAAGUAGAAAAUGAAGUGUUUGUAACUACAAUAUGGUCCAAAUCUACAUUUAAGUGUUAUGGGAACCGAUAGGGCAAAUCGUUGGGUCAUUUGGGACUCAGAACAUACUUAUAAAUUCCGAUUCCUUUUUCGUGUACAUUCCAUUAGUAUUGUAAAUUUUUGUAGGGAGAUGCUAAAACAUGAUCAUAAUUAAACGGCUCAAAGCUCAAUCUAAGUUACAUUUGUGUAUUAAUAACUAUCAUAAUGUUCUUGUAAUAUAUCAGGAUUGAACUUUUUGCAUGAGAAGGUUGGGUUAA